AACAGAGAAGCGCUUCCCCUCCUAGCGAAUGGCUUUCGGUUCCCCUCCCACGCUCCCCACGCCCCCCACACUUUCGCAUAUAAAUCAAGCGCCUUUUACCCUUUCCUGCGUCGCUUCCACUGAGAACAAGAAAUGCGACAGAACCGUUUUGCUCCUUCAUGAGCUUACCUGCAAGUCCCACGAAUCGUUCGACGAAAUGCCUCAAAAAUGACUUGCCUCCCACUCCCGAAUCCCUCUCUCGUCCUUCUCUCCUCCUCCUCCUCCUUCUGUGCCUCGCGCCAUAGCUGCCUCCGCCGCUCACCUCCUCUUCUCUCAUUCCUCCUCCGCUACCCUGCCUUGUCGCCGCCUCGGAGAGCACAUGCACCCCUCUCCCCAUCUCCGUUUCACGCCAACGACCCCUUCGUAAGGUUUUCCCGUCCAUCGCGGAGGUCGAGGAGAAGGGCGACGAGGGAAGAGGAUGUGUCUGGGAUGAUGGAUGCAGGAGCGGAUUUGGAGGCCCAGAUUCACGAGUUCAUGCACAAGUCCGGAAAUCCUAAUGAUUUUCCCACCAGAGUGGAGCUGAUUGCAGCGGGGAGGUAUGAUCUCGUCGAGGCCAUCACCAUACGUGGUGACUGGCUCACCUUCGGAUGGGAUUCCAAGGACAAGAAUACCGUCGACAGUGAUACUAAUGCUCUGGGAUCGACAGAGUUGGAAUCUGACGGCCGGGCGAUUCUAGAAGAUAGCAGAGUAUCACAAGAACGAUUCUUUGACAAUUCUUGCGGGAAUGUUGUCGUUACCAACGAUGUUCUUGAUUCUGAAGAUGAUCCUCUUAUGGCCUUCACUUCAGGGAGAUUGAUGGAAAGGGAGAGUGUGGGGACUGGUGGAGGGAUUGAAGGAAUUUUGAGCAGGCUUGAAAGAGAAAGGAAUUUGUUUCUAUCUAUAGGUAAGAAAGAGACUGGUUGGGCAUCACCGAGGAGCAAUAAACAUUUCCUAAGAGAGACAGCUGGUGAUAUUAUUGCUUCUUAUGACAAAAUCAUAGUGGACCCUAGCUUCUUAAAUAGUGAUUUAAAUGAUCCUAAGAUGCAUAAGAAAGCUCAGGAUUUGGCAGAAGCUGGCAACGGAACUAAUGCACUGGACUUUGACAUAAAUCAAAUAUGGUUGCGACUUCAGCAUCUGGAGUCAGAUUUGGCCUCUGCAUUACACUUACUGACAUCCAGAGCCGAUGCUGUCACUGCAGGGAAGGGCCAACAAAUUUCAACAGAUGAAUUGCAUAGUCUCUCUGAUGCAUGGGAAUUUCAAGAGACUGAAAUAGUCAGUGCCCAGGAUAAGCUAAGGUCUACUCGGGCAAGAAUGGCAGCACUUGAAGGAAAGAUGGCACUUGAGAUCAUAGAAGCAAAGAAAUUAAUGGAAGAGAAAAAGAAAAGAGUUGAUGCUGCUCAAAAUGCUCUAAGCCUUCUACAGACGGUUUGCAUAGUUUGGCCUAAUUCUGCUUCAGAGGUUUUACUGGCUGGAUCCUUUGAUGGAUGGAAUAGUCAGAGAAGGAUGGAAAGUUCAGGCUGGGGAAUCUUUUCCUUGUACCUAAAGUUGUAUCCUGGCAGAUACGAGAUCAAGUUUAUUGUUGAUGGUGUCUGGAAAAUCGACCCACUGCGGCCCCUUGUGCACAACAAUGGACAUGAAAAUAACCUUCUUAUUAUCACCUGAUACAUGUAAAUUGUGCGAUUUUUAGAUAGCUUAAAAGGUACAAUUCAAUCGAACCAAAUUAUCCAAUUCAA